AUGAGAGCAACAGAAGCCAACGGCCGACGUACACGCCAAUGGCCUGAGAUCAAGAUGAAAUACAAUGAGGGCGAUUCAUCAUUCGAUGUCUAUGUGGAACCAUCUGAAAGCGUUAGAUCCACGAAGGUGCCGCGCACAGAAGAGGAGUUUGAGCGAUUCUUUCCCGCUGAAAUUCUGAAAAGGCCGGAACCGGAGCCGUUUUCACAAAAGACACUGGACCUAUACAGAAAAGCUAUCGAGAAUCCAGACCAAUUGCAGGAGGAGGACAUUCAAGACCUACAAGAUUGGGUGCCGGAAUCUGUGGCAGAUGAACGGUGUCUCAAAGCUUGUGGUGUGACAUGGCAAGAGCUGGUCAAGACCGCCGUGGUUCGAGCACCAGACCUCACACAUGACGAGAUUGCUUUUCUAGACACCGGUCGCGACAUACUUGAUAAUCAUUUCGACAGAUUUCAAAGAGACAUAAACAGACUCAAGCAACCAGGUGAUUUGGGACAGCUAUGGAUGAAUGCCCGAGAGGCCACAGUUGACUCUGAAUACGCCAUGGCUAAGGCCAAUGCUAAAAGAGAAGGUCAGCGGAUCGACGAAGAGCGCAAAGAGGGGCUUUCACAUCUAAGUCUAGAAGAUCAGUUGUGCAACCGUCAAGCCUUGCAGAUUCCUUGGCUUGCACAGCUCGCUGCCCGAACUGAUCCCCAGUGGGGUCUCGUUUGCUUGAGGACAGACUACAGUGAUGAAGUGGCAUGGAUGAAGUUCAAGGAGCACCUGAGUAAAUCCGCAAAGAUUGGGCUCUGGGACUGCCCUGGCUCAGAAUUUGUCGGGAAGAUGUGGAGGCUUCACUUCAUUGACGAUGACAAAGAGAGGCUGGAUAGGGCAAGUCUUGAGAAACUCCGCAGGUAUGCCUACAGAAUCCUGAGGGCACGAGCCCCCAUUGCUGACCAGUUUAGAUACAUGAGCACGCCUCCCUCUGACUCCUCCGUACCUUCUGCCCUCUCAUCUGGCCUCCGCCACGACAGCUUUCUCUUUGCCGAUGCCGAUGCGAUUUCCUCUCUUCAUCAUCCUCCCAGCGACCCCUACCUUGAUAAAAACUACACUUCAGAUGGUGUGCCAGUCUCGACCUCGCAUCUCAUAGCAGGUUAUGUGAAUGCGGUCGAUACGUUUCAUGAUCCUUCCAAGACAUACGUCGAUGGAUUUAUGGGAGUAUUGAAAGUACAUCCGGCUCACGUCGCCACAACGUUCCUUCAAAGGCAUUGUCCGACGGGGCAAGAGAGGGGGAAUGACGAUUGGUGGCAAUACAAACAGAGUAUGGAAACUAUGUUUUCAAGGGCAAAGGGUCAUGGGAAGAGAACAAAUGACGUGUAUCAUCCAACCGCUGUGUACAAUCAUUGA